AUGUUAGAGGCUAAGUUUCAACAGUCUUCGUUUUUCAAGAAGAUCAUUGAUGGGCUAAAGGACUGUGUUCAGCUGGUAAAUUUUAAUUGUUCAGAGAAGGGGAUUGCAGCUCAGGCAGUGGAUGACUCGCGUGUUCUUUUGGUUUCUCUAGUGAUCACUCCGGAUGCGUUCGAGGAGUAUAGGUCUGACAGGGCUGUUACUCUGGGGGUUGAUUUGAAUUCGUUGGGUAAGAUUUUGCGUUGCGGGGCCAAUGAGGAUAGUUUGACGUUGGUUGCUGAAGAUUCCCCUGACAAUAUGCUGGUCUUGUUUGAGGAUACCAAGAGGGACCGGAUUAGUGAGUAUUCUCUCAAGUUGAUGGAAAUCGAUGCCGAUUUUUUGGAAAUCGAUCAGAUCGACUACGACACGACGAUUCACAUGCCCUCUACGGAGUUUGCCAAGAUCAUCAGGGAUUUGAACCAAUUGAGUGACUCCUUGAAUAUUGUGGUUACUAAAGAGACGAUCAAAUUCAUUUCCGAGGGCGAUUUUGGCUCCGGUUCGGUGGUUGUGAAGCCUAGGACCGAUGUGGAGAAGCCAGAGGAUUCUGUGAAAGUGGAACUAGAGAAACCCGUCGAUUUGACCUUUGGGUCCAAGUAUUUGCUGGACAUCAUCAAAGCUACUUCUUUAUCUACUUCCAUUACAAUCAAGCUUUCGGCGGAAACGCCCGCUUUAUUCCAGUUUAACUUGGAUGGUGCUGGACAACUACAGUACUUUUUGGCUCCAAAAUUCAACGAAGAGGAAUGA